AUGUCGUGGUUCAGCGCAAUCAUCGCGUUUUUCUCGAACUUGUUUUUCAGCAAGUCUGCGGAGAUUAGCAUCGUUGGCUUACAGGCAUCUGGAAAGACGUCAUUCGUGAAUGUUAUUGGCUCAGGACAAUGGAGUGAAGAAGUUGUCCCAACUGUAGCGUUCAACCUGAGGAAAGUAAGAAGAGGAAAUGUGACAUUGAAAGUCUGGGACGUCGCAGGUCAACCUAAAUUCCGUAACAUGUGGGACAGAUAUUGCCGAGGCGUUGAUGCCAUCGUUUUCGUGGUUGACUCGCACGAUAAGGAGAGUUUUCCUACUGCCAAAUUCGAGCUGCACACGCUACUGGACAGAUCUCCACUUUCCGGAGUGCCAUUACUAGUGCUUGGAAAUAAGAACGAUUUACCUAACCAUGCGCCUAUCGAAGAACUAAUACGGUCACUUGACUUGGACAGGAUACAGAACCGUUCUGUUUCUUGUUCAAUGAAAAGCCAACAUAACCUCGAUAUUAUCCUCAAGUGGCUUUCCAGCCGUGCAUCGUGA